GAGUCCGACGAGUCCCCGCCGAUGCCCGUGUCGCCAGGCCAGCCAUUUUGGUACGUUAACAUGGCGUCGCCGCCGGAGAUUAAUAUGGCGUCCUCGGACAUAAUAACCGAAGUGGAGAUUCAACCGGACAUUCAGGAGGUCGAGAUAGAGACGAUCCCGGUGGAGAUACCGUGCGAGACCGUGGAGACGACGAUCGAGGGCGAGGACGGGCAGCCGAUGAUAGCGCUGCAGCCGCUGCCGGAGCCGGGCCGCGAGGAAAUCAUACUGCAGACCCAAGAGGAGAUCGUUGGCGCGGACCCGCUCAGCGUGUACGACCAGAUCCCGGUGCCGGACAACGACAUUUAUGUCGAGUCCAGCCCCGGACCGUCGCGCAAGGCCGCUAAGAAGGCGCGUAAGAGCGGUGGCACGCGUUUCCGCGCGUCCGACCACGCGAUAUUCGGCGAGAUGGCAACCGAGACCAAGACUAGGAAGUGGGAACAGAAGCAGGUGCAGAUCAAGACGCUCGAGGGCGAGUUCUCGGUAACGAUGUGGGCGUCCGGCACGGACGACGGUAACAUCCUAUUAGCGCCUGACCUGGAUGUGGAUGUUCCAGAUGAAGGUUCGAAUCCAGAACCGGAUCCCGACUACACGGAAUACAUGACGGGCAAGUCCAAUGCCAAGUUCAAUUCGAACAGCUCGGUGUCAGACGGCAUGCCUGGUUUGGAUCUCUCGGAUCCGAAGCAGCUUGCCGAAUUUGCGCGACCCGGUCAUAAGUUGAAGGUGCGCAAGCCUCCGGUGAUGGACGGCGUCGAGCGAACGAUCGCGUGCCCCCAUAAGGGAUGCACCAAGAUGUUUCGCGAUAACAGCGCGAUGCGCAAACAUUUGCAUACGCACGGGCCACGGGUGCACGUGUGCGCGGAAUGCGGCAAAGCUUUUGUCGAGAGCUCCAAACUCAAACGGCAUCAAUUGGUGCACACGGGAGAGAAACCGUUUCAGUGCACGUUCGAGGGAUGCGGGAAAAGGUUUAGUCUCGACUUCAAUCUCCGCACUCACGUGAGAAUCCACACCGGCGACCGACCCUACGUCUGUCCAUUCGACGGAUGCAGUAAAAAGUUCGCGCAAUCAACGAACCUCAAGUCGCAUAUAUUAACUCACGCGAAGGCCAAAUCCCGAAACGCGAUUGGGAGACAAGUACAACAAAUUCAACUUCAACAGCCUCAAUUCGUCCAAGUUGAAGUUGCAGAUGUGGACAAUCAACAGUUCAUCGUCUACGCCGAUUAGCCCCCCUAAACGUUGAUCUCGUAUAUCCCCCGCUGAACACUACUACUGAAGUAUCGUAACCAUUAAUUAUUAAUCUAAACAAUGUAAAUAUUUUUACGGCGCGUACAAGUGAUGUCAUUACACAUGACGGGCAGUCUCAACUAGCUGUCUUAAGAGAAUUAAUGAAAGAAUUAAUACCUCUGUGCUUAGAUACGAAUUACUUGAGAAAUGUCUGGAGCACCAUAUUACCGUAAAACACGAGAGGGCAAAUAAAGUUAAGCAAGAUUUAAAUAAAAAAAAAUAAAAAAAAGAUAAUGUACCUUCUAAGAUACUGCAAGGUAGACUGUGUUGCGUACUGCUCAAUUUCUUGUUCUAUCAAGAGAAAUCGAGUGCGCUUGCAUAAAACACAUAUAUAUACAUAUACACACAUACACGUACACACGAGACUGUAUAUAUAUAUAAAUAUAUAUAAGUACAAUUAAAAUAUUGUAUACAGUAUAUUUUGGAGAAAUUCAGAUGGGAAUAAACCACGAAGAUGCAUCUUUUUCCGUCGGACUCAAUUGUACCAUCUUGGUAAUAUACGACUUUUACACUGUA